GACGUCACACGACAAGUGGCAGGAAGCAGGAACUUGCAAAGAUGGUGAUUUUCAGUGUUUAUGUCGUGAAUAAAGCUGGGGGAUUAAUUUAUCAGUAUGACAACUAUGUGCCGAGAACUGAUGUGGAGAAGACCUUCAGCCACCCUUUAGACCUGGUGCUAAAACAUCAUGAUGAGAAAGUCAUCGUAUCGUUUGGACAGCGGGACGGAAUUAAAGUGGGACACGCUUUACUGUCCAUCAAUGGAGUUGAUGUACUCGGAAAAAACACAGCCGAUGGAAGGGAUAUCCUUGAAUACUUAAAGGACCCAGCUAAUUAUCCGGUGUCGAUCCGGUUUGGACGGGCUCGCCUUAGCUCUAACGAGAAGCUGAUGCUAGCCUCCAUGUUUCACUCGUUAUUUGCCAUAGGUUCACAGUUGUCUCCUGAAGUCGGCAGUUCAGGCAUCGAGAUGCUGGAAACAGAUGUGUUCAAACUCCACUGUUUUCAGACUCUUACAGGGAUAAAGUUUAUAGUGCUGGCAGACCCUCGACAAUCUGGCAUCGACGCACUGUUGAAAAAGAUUUACGAGAUCUACUCAGACUUUGCCCUCAAGAACCCGUUCUACUCCCUGGAAAUGCCCAUCAGGUGUGAACUGUUUGAUCAGAAUCUGAAAAGUGCACUGGAGGUUGCAGAGAAAGCUGGAAACUUUGGAGCUGGGUCCUAAACCACAGAGUGGAAAUAAUUCCUCAUCAUGGCAUGCGUAUAGGAAAUACAUCUCCGACUGGAAGGAAACAAGUGCAUUUUUAAAUUUUAUCAUCAUAACAUCUGUGUGAAACUGAUUUUUUUCCCCAGGUUUCUAAUUCAAGCUGUAUAUACAUAAUGCUUUGUAAAUACUUGGCAAAAUAAAUCCUCAACACUA